AUGGCCUUUAGCCCUGAAUUAUCUUUUCAGGCUUUUGUCGUUUCUCAAAUUUCUGAUUGCUCCUGUUGUCAACUUUGUCUUCAAAGACUCUCCUAUUCUCUUUUUGGGUUUUUAACUGCAUCUACUAAUGAUAGGAAUAUAAUUCUCAACGUCUCAUUCUUGAAGAUAACUUCCAAUUGUUUUUGUAGUGUACAGGAUUUCUGCUACGAGCUACGAGAAAUCAAAGACUUCUGGCGAGUUGCUUUAUUGAUAUCUACUGUGAUAUAUCCCACCAACACAGAUUUUACUCAAGAACUUUUAGAUAAACAGUUUCAACUCGACAAGAGAAGAGAACUAUUUAAGACAGUUGAGAAUGCCAUUACUGGACUAGGUCUUGAAAAAAUUUGGGACGUAAAGCCAUUGGUUAAUGGCAAAUAUAUUAUCAGCGUUUUGCAGCUUAAAUCAGGAGGACCUCUUGUUCGGGAAUGGCAACAAAAAUUGCUAGCUUGGCAACUUGCCCAUCCCACAGGAACUGCAGAAGAAUGCCUUGAUUGGAUGAAUGAAACGCAUUUAAAGCGCACCAAAAUGGCGUAAACAUCAAUCUAAUUCAAUCUCUAUUUAAUAUAAGACCUCAUCUAAUCUGACUGGAAGUUGCUUUUGCACGUUCCCCUGAGUUCCCAUGAACAUUCAUGUAGCUUUGGGUAAUAGACUGAUGGAGAAAUGAUGGAAG